GCUGCUAAGUUGGCUACCACAGUACAAGCUUUGGGGUCCCGAUGGGGGACUCUGGAUCAAGACGAUCUACCCUGGUCUCCCGGUUGCCGAUAUUCAGGAGAAGUAUCAGCAGAAGACAUGACUCUCUUCCCUCCUCCCCCUCCUCCAGCAAUACAGUCGGCGUCCACAGUUCCUCCCCGUCCAGCACUAACUCGAGCUCAGGGAGCACAGGCAAACGCAGGAGCAUCUUUCGCACCCCGUCCCUCAGCUUCCACCACAAGAAGGGGGGCGAGCCUAAGCAAGACCCCGCCAGCCAGAACCUUAGUAUUUCCAACGGUGCUCAGCCUGGCCACGGCGGCCUGCAAAAACUGGGUUUGGAAGAACAUGUGAAAACCAGGGGAAGGCAUUCCGUUGGUUUCAGUAGUUCAAGAAAUAAGAAGAUAACAAGAUCUUUGACGGAGGAUUUUGAAAGGGAAAAGGAGCACUCCACCAACAAGAACGUCUUCAUCAACUGCCUAAGUUCUGGCAAAAGCGAGGGGGACGAUUCCGGGUUCACCGAGGAGCAGACCCGCCGCUCCGUGAAGCAGUCCACAAAGAAGCUGCUCACCAAGUCCUUCUCGUCGCACUCCAAGUUUUCCAAGCCGGUGCCCCAGAGCCAGUCCGUCUCGCUGGUGCAGCAGUCCGACUUCUCUUUGGAAAUUGCCCAGCCCCAAGAGAGGGAACCUGUGCCCGCCAGGGCUUCCCCGCCUUGCUCCGGGGAUGUGACCGACCGGGCAGGCAGCUCCCUGCAGUCCCCGCUGCUUUCUGCUGAUCUCACCACGGCCCAGACGCCUUCCGAGUUCUUAGCCUUGACCGAGGAUUCCGUGUCCGAGGCAGAUGUAUUUUCUAAAAGUGGAAGCAUGGCAUCCCACUGUGACAACUUUGGCCACAAUGAUUCUACCUCUCAGGUCUCUCCCAGUCCUGCUGCUGUCACGAAGGCAACCGUAGACCGCGUGGGGACUGUUCCCGGGGCCGUCGUGUCUCCUGGGAAACACAGGUUAGAAGGUCGAUGUAGCGCUGAGUCCAAUUCCUUACCAGAAACCCCUGCUGCUAAUCAGAAGGAGGUGUUACUGCAAAUCGCCGAGCUCCCUGCUGUUAAUGGGAGUCACUCAGAGACUCCCGUGCCCGCAGAUGCUCACGGGGAAGAGCAUCGGGUAUUGCAAAACGGGGACCCACUGUUGGCAGCGAGCUCCCCAAGGAGACUUGGAUUUUAUGAGCAGCAUAAAGCGAUAGCCGAACGUGUUAAAGGGAUCCAUCCCGUGUCUGAUUCAAGGAUAAUACCUUCUUCUGGUGAUCGUCAUAUUUUUAACAAAACAUAUGGAUAUGAUGCAAAUCCUGCCAAAGUUCUUGCCAGUAGCCUCAGUCCAUAUCGUGAAGGAAGAUUUAUAGAGAGGCGACUGCGGUCCUCAUCAGAAGGAACUGCAGGGAGUAGCAGAAUGAUUUUGAAACCAAAAGAUGGAAACGUAGAAGAAGUUAAUAGUCUGAGAAAGCAAAGAGCAGGUUCGUCGUCUUCAAAAAUGAACAGCAUGGAUGUUUUGAAUAAUUUGGGAUCUUGUGAACUGGAUGAAGAUGAUCUAAUGCUUGAUCUAGAAUUAUUAGAGGAACAGACUCCCCAUCCUCCUGUUUGCCGGGAGGAUUCCUACCACUCUGUAGUCUCAUGUGCCGCCCUGGUCCUCACGCCUGUGGAGCCGAAGAUAGAAACGAAGAACAGAGAAGAGCUAAGAUUCCCUGAGCCAGCCAAACAGAGCCUUUCACUGAAAUUAACAAAGGACACUGACCAGGACGCCAGGUGCCCUCACGUCGGCCGAGUGCCCGGCAGCCCGUGUGCGGACUGGCCGCCGCCAGGCGCGGAGGAGAGCGGGGGCUUGGACUCGCUGCCCUUCAGGCUCAUGCUGCAGGACUGCACGGCCGUCAAGACGCUGCUGCUGAAGAUGAAGAGAGUCCUCCAGGAGAGUGCAGAUAUGAGCCCAGCAAGCAGCACCGCCUCGCUUCCCGUUAGUCCCCUUACUGAAGAGCCGCUGCCUUUCAAGGAUAUAAUGAAAGAUGAGUGCUCACUGUUGAAACUGCAGCUGAAAGGGAAGGAUGAACUCAUUUCCCAACUUCAGGAAGAGCUGGAUAAAGUAAAGCAUUUACAGAAGGCGUUUGCUUCAAGAGUAGAUAAAUCCACACAGACUGAAGUUCUGGGCUAUGAUGCCCUGUGGAAUCCUACAUGCACUGAAGGUUUAUUUAAACCACUACAUAUUUCCACCUAGGUUAAAUCAGUAUUUGACCAUAAGGACUAUAUCACAAAUCGGUGACAUAUUAAAUGUUGAAUAUAAUCAAUUUUCCAUUCCAUAUGUUAGCUAUUUCUCAAAGUAUGUAAGACAGAAAUGUUUCCAUUCCAAAUAUUUCACCCAUUUUGCAUUUGUACAAAAUAGCAUAAAAUAUUGAUGAAAGUUUUAACUAACAUACUCCUUUUCCUUAUUGUACUUUUAAAACAAAAUAGACUUUUACUUAAAAAUUAUCUCUAUGUGCAACUAUUCUAGGAUGUAAUAUUCCACUUGGCAGUACAUAUUUUUUGUUCAAGUGUCUCAUCCAUAUCAUUUGUCUCUGUGCUUAUAGUCUUCAUUUAAUUUCACCACAUAUUCUGUGUACGUUGGGUAAGUUUGAAAACAAGGCUUCUAGUUUCCCCCAUCCCAGUGGGACAGUUUCUACUGAAGAACUAAAUUACCUCUAUUUUUUUCUUGCAUUAAGAUAAAAAGAUGAAAGUAGCAUGUCUUCAAAUGGAAUAAUGACAAGUCUUAUUCUAACUAUAGAAAGCAAAAACACUGUAUCACUAAACAAGUGAAGAAAGUUUAUUGAAUAUGGACCUUACAUUGUGGGAAGUUUCUUGAACGUGUCUUAAAUUGCAGCCUACCUCCUGGACUUGGCGUCAACACCAGAUUUUGAUUUGUCUCUCUAUUGACUUUCUAUAAUAGUUCAACUUAAUUAUCAAAUGGCUAGGAAGCAACGAGGCACUCUUGAACAUUGUAGUUUUUUGCAAGGGUAAGUGUCAGAGCCCAGAGCGUGGCUCAGUGUUGUGAGCAGGGUACAGGGAAACGGAACAGCCUUAGAUCUAAGGAGCAGAAAGUAGGUUUUACUGAGUUCUCUGUUUUGCAGAGAAGCAAUGAAAUAAUCAUGGUUGAUGGUGGUAACAUUCAGAACUGUGUUAUAGAAUUCCUUAAAUUACUGGGAUUAUUAUGUAACAUGUAAUAUGCAUGACCAAAUGCUGGGUAUAAACCAUGGUAUUAAAAUAAAACUGUAAAUGUAUUUACAUGAAAACACUGUAUGUCUCCUUGUUGACUUUGCCACUUAAAGCACUCUUUUAUAAUUCAAUAUACAAAAAAAAACCUGUUACUCUAA